AUGCCGCACGCCGCACCGCUGCCCGAGCAGCGGCGUCUGCCCCUGGUCGCCCUGAUCACAGAGCCUCUCAGCGACCUGGGCCGCGCCGUCGCGCUGGCGUUUGCGGCCGAGAGCGCGCGCAUCGUAAUGCGGCAGCGGAAGCGGCAGCAGCAGCAGCAGCAGCAGCGGCAGCAGCAGCAGCGGCAGCGGCAGCAGCAGCACUGGCCGACCGGCUCCCUCCACCUCUUUUUGCUGCACCCGCUCAACCAGAGGCCCCUCCCCCUUCUCCCCACCCGCCCUGCCAGGCGAACGCGCGGCGACGCGUCCUCGGCCGUCCACCGGAUCGCGAGGACUGCCCUCAGCCGCCAGGGGGCUGUGGACAUCAUCAUUUCGCUGCCACCAGCCGGCAAUCGCGGGGGCGCCGCGGGCCUGCUUCAUCGCGUCCUGCCCAGUGCUGCCGGCGGCGGCGCUGCCGCGCCGCCCGCGUCGGCGCCCGACCAGGCCCUCUUCCUGCGCCGCGCUGUGGGGGAGCUACUGCCAGACCCGGACGAUCGCACCGCCGGCAAGGCGCUGUCGCAGGCAGAGCCAGAGGCGAGCUACCGGCGGUUCGUGAUCAGCGUGCUGGCCGCGGACUCAUCCGGCGAGCACAGCCGCGAUGCCAGGGCCUGGGGCCGCCAGCUGGCAAAGGCCGCCGGGACAAGCGCCACGGUGCUCUCGAUUCUGCUGCCCGCAGGAGCCCCCACGAGCGGCGGCUCGCCGGCACUGGCCGGCGCGGUGGCUGAGCUGGCGCUGCUGCCCUGGCGCCAGGACCUGGCGGCUGGCCAGGCUCACGAGGUGAUCCUGCAAUUCCCGGGCGGCGCGCCCCGCGCCCCCGACGCCGCCAGCGCCGGCGGCGCCGCAGCCCCGCGCCCGGCCGCGUGGCUGCAGCUGACCCGCGAGCGCGACGGCAUCCCAGUCGGGGACGCCGCCGCCGUGCGGGCGGCCGAGGACGGGCGCGGGCAGCCGUCGCCAUACCCGCUGGCGCCGCCGCCGCCGAUGGUCGCCGCGUGCUACGCUGCGCACCCCGUUUCCUGCGGUAACGGCCUAACCCUCGGCGGGGGCGCUGACGUGGCGACGACAGGCGACGCUCUCGAGGCAUUUGACCUGGGGGUGGACCCUGGCCCCUCCCCCAGCGCCACCCAGCGCGCGGACCCCGCGAGGGCCGUCUGGCUGCCGCCGGGCUCCCUGACGGGCUGCUGCGGCGGCAUCGUGGAGGCGACUGGCGCGCGCAAGGCGCCGGGCCUGCUGACGCGCCCUUCGCAGCCGGGGGAGCUGGGCCUGGGUAAGCAGGACCGCAGCGGCGCGGUGCUGGGCCCCGCUGACCCCAAAAACCUGGAACCCAGCAUGACCCCUGACCAGUACACGGGCCAGCCGCGCCGCGACGCGGCCAUGAUGGUGCACUGCUUCGCGCCAUUCAACGCGGAGACGCCCCACACGGUCCUCUCCAAGGAGUUCCUGACGCCGCCCGGCCUGUUUUACGUGAGGAACCACCUGCCUGUGCCCUGCUGCGACAACCCUGAAGAGCUGACGGUGUCGGGGGCCAGCCUGGGUGGGAGGGCGCUGGAGCUCUCACUCGAUGAUUUGAAGACCGGCCGCUACGGCCCCACGAUGCACAUGCAGGCCUCGCUGCAGUGCGCCGGAAACCGCCGGAACGAGAUGGCGGCGGUGAAGCUGGUGGAGGGGCGCGCCCCCUGGAACCACGGCGCCAUAGGCAACGCGCUGUGGGGCGGUGUCGCGCUCCGGGAUGUGCUGGCUGCAGCCGGCCUGGAUCUGUCGUCCGCCGCCGCCGCCCUGGCGCAGGGCGCUGAGGGGCGCGAGGUGGUGCGCCACGUCGUUCUCAAGGGCCUGGACUGGCACCGCGAGACCCAAAUGCACUACAGCAUCUCCAUCCCCAUCCACAAG